UUAAUUCAUUUACAAUUUCUUUCUUUAUAUACCUAAUGUUGAAAAGACUAUUACCUAAAACACCUUUGCGCUUGUACUCGACUAAUAUACCAUUUGACAAGAAACCGUUUCCGUUUUCCAGAUUCGAGCCAUGCUGUCCUGAUGUCAAUGCCAAAAGUACGGAAAAUGGUUUUGUCCCCUGUCAAGCACACCCUAUGCCUGUCGUACUAGGUAAAAAGAUUGAACUUUCGGCUGAUAUGUGCCGCCCUGAUGCGGUGCGACAUAUUAUGCCAUGUGUGGGUUAUGAUGCUGUAGAAUGGACUCGAGCUAAAGUGGAGUCUGUACCUGGUAUUAUGCAAACGAUUAUGCUUACAGAGAACAAUUGGCUCAAGACACAUCGGCCAGCUUCUCAAGCCAUGGUGAUGUAUACUGUAUCGGAAACACCUACCAUGGACAAUAAGCCAGAUGUCAUGCUUUUUCCCGAAUUUAAAAUUAUUCCCUCUGUAGACCCACUAUCGAUUGACACAGAUAGCACACUCUACUCCGUUUUGAGCCAUAUUUGGCAGGACCCUACUUCACCUUUACCCCACUUGGAUAAAUUACAAGAUGUGGAAGCAGAUACGGUUGUAUUGGUGUGUACACAUGAAAGAAGAGACAUGCGGUGUGGUAAAUUGGGGCCAUUGAUUGUGGAUGAAUUUAAUAAGGUGAUUGAAGAAAAAGGAUUGUCAAACAAAGUCAAAGUGUGGGGUACAAGUCAUUUUGGAGGUCAUAAAUUUGCUGGUAAUGUCAUUAUUCAUCAAAGAGGUUUAGGUGGCCAAAUAUAUGGUAAUGUUAGACAAUGCCACGUACCAGCCUUAUUUGAUAGACAUAUUAUAAAUGGAAAAGUAAUAAAGGAGUUAUGGAGAGGACAAUUGACCCCUCCUUCACUGUAGAUCACGUGAACCAUUUCACUUACACACAC